UAAACAUACACAGUGUGGCGUGCGAGGUGCAAACACAUUUUUAGAACGCAUUAUAGUGUGGUUUUACGUUGGUACUUGACUAAGUUGGCAAAGAGCUAACUGAAUUUGUGCAACCGAAAAUGAGAAAGAACCCGUUUCGAUUUACAUAAGAAAUACGAAACUAGCUAAGACGAAGGUCACAAAGGCAGUGUGUCUGUCGGUCUUCAAUAGACCGCUGCAUUGUUAUCAUUAAAUUCAUAUUUUUCUUCUAGUCUACUACGUUUAAUGUGUGGUGAUCGAGAUGUGUGAGAAACACGUUUUUGUUAGUUUUUUUGUGGUAGUUGCGGCCUUUAUCAGUUCCUCUACGGCACUUCUUGCGCCGGACUACAUUCAUCCGUGCAACAGUUCUGAGUCAGAAUGCCUCAUCAAAGCAACACAAGACGCUAUUCCUGAAUUUUCUAAAGGCAUACCGUACCUCGGAGUGCCGUCUCUGGAUCCCUUCAUUAUCGAUAACCUACCAAUACAAUUACCUGGAGUCAAGGUAACAUUCUUGGAUGGAAAAGUAACGGGUCUGAGGAAAUGUCAAGUGUUGAAUGUAGAGGCAUAUCUUGAAAAAAAUGUCUUCAUCUUGGAAGUUCGAUGCAAUAUAACAAUAAAAGGCAAAUAUACAGCUGUGGGUAGAUUACUAUUGUUUCCAAUAAAUGGAGAAGGUGACUCCAAAAUAAAAAUAGUAAACUCCGUCAUAAAAAUGAACAUAAAAACAAAGUAUUUCAAAGAUGCUGAUGGACGGGAUCAUUUUGGAAUUAAAAGCUACAGAUACACUUUCGAUUACGGAGAAAGGAUUCAUUAUACUAUUAGUAAUCUAUUCAAAGGGAAUGCUGAAUUAAGUAAUACAGUAUUGAGAUUUCUCAACGAGAAUUGGAGAGUCGUUACCGAAGAGUUUGGACAACCAGUUGUGGAUUACGCUAUGAAUGUUACCAUCGAAACUGCGAAGAAAUUCUUUGAUGCGGUACCUUAUGAUGAAUUAUUAUACGUACCGAUACCUAAAUAUUAA